CUCAUCUCCUCCAGUCUAUUGUAUUUUUUUUUUUUUUUUCGUUUCUUUCUAUAGACCGAUAUAUCGAUGCAUCCUCUUUUAUUAUUUUCCAUUGUUGCAGGUGGUACGGUGUUUGCCAUUCUUGGAGCUUUGGAAGCAAGACAUCUUUAUGAAACUUACCGUGAACGCCAAGAAUAUGAACGUUUCUGUCAACAUUACGCUAAAAUGAAUGAAUCCAAGGAAUUCGAACCUGAUAGUGAUGAUGAAGAGGAAAAAGCAAACACUUCAGCAAGACAGAGAACUGAUCAUCUUGUUCGUCAUCGUCACCCCUUACCAUCUCAGUCUCCAAAUUCAGUUUCUGAUCAGGCAUGGGUAGAUCGUACCGAAAUUGAAUUGAAUGAAUUGGAACGGAAACUUUCAGAUAGAAAACGACAUUUGGAAUUGGAGCAAGCAUUAUUGGAUCAGGCUGAAAUGGAUCUUGAACAACGACGACGAUCUAUGGAACGACGCGAUCAUCAUCAUCGUGUUUUGUCUGAACGUCAAUCUUCUCCAUUUGAUGAUAAUGAUAAUAAGCAUACGGAUUCCCUUGAUUCAUUCCUUACAACUGAUACACCAGAUCCUACCAAGUCAUUCAACGGAUCUUUAUUACGACCUUUAUCUUCUACUCCAAGACAACAUGAUCUAUCCUCUUCGUCCUAUGCUACUUUACCUUUGAUAAAUCGUGAUGUGGAAGAUAUGAAGACCGACAACAGAAACGACAAUACUCCUCCCGCAGAACAAGAUGAUCUUUCACCAUUAAACAUUCAAUCACAUGACAAUGCAACACCAGAAGAACCUUGGUGCUAUGAAGGCAGUGAAGAUGAUGAUGAUGAACCUUCGACAUGCCAACGAUCCAUGCGAUUCCCAACACAAGACGGCAACGGCAAUAACAUAGAACCAGAGUCGGAUGAUCAAAGCUCCUGGAACUCCUCCUAUUCGGUACAACGUUCUGCCACCAACGAUGAUGAUGAUACAUCCUAUGAUGAUAUGUCAAGUUUCAACACUCUCCGCUCACCUUCAUCACCUUCAUCAGAUGGUCAUUCUUUUGAUUUGCUUACGAACUCGGAUGUUGAAAAUGGGCAUUGAGAUAGGGGGAUACCUCAUUUGUGCUUAGGAUAGUUUUUUUUUUUUUUUAUUUUAUUUUUGUGGAUGAC